CCUUUUAUUUUGAAAGUCAGAAGCGGAAGCGCUACUCGUUGAGCGACUUUCGAGUUCGGACUAGCCAGAAACGUCGAUAAUUGAGGUGGAAAAAAAACAACAGUGUGUUUAAAAGUGAAAUUGGUGUUGGAAGCGUCGAGUUGGUUUGCAUACGUGUUUUUCUGUCGGUAAAAUGGGGAACUGCCACACCGUUGGACCGAACGAGGCCCUUGUGGUUUCAGGUGGUUGCUGUGGCUCAGAUCAGAAGACGUAUAUUGUGGGAGGCUGGUCUUGGGCCUGGUGGCUCAUCUCUGACAUCCAGAGGAUAACGCUUGAGAUUAUGACCCUGCAGCCCAAGUGUGAGGAUGUAGAGACAGCGGAGGGUGUAGCUAUUACUGUCACUGGGGUGGCUCAGGUGAAGGUGAUGACAGAAAACGAGCUGCUGGGUUACGCCUGCGAACAGUUCCUGGGGAAGUCAGUCGUGGAGAUCAAGAGUGUCAUCCUGCAGACCCUGGAGGGUCACCUGCGCGCCAUCCUUGGCACCCUAACCGUUGAGCAGAUUUACCAAGACCGAGACAGAUUUGCCACUCUGGUGCGAGAGGUGGCGUCCCCUGACGUCGGCCGCAUGGGCAUCGAGAUCCUCAGCUUCACCAUCAAGGAUGUGUAUGAUAAAGUGGAGUACCUGAGCUCUCUGGGCAAAACGCAGACCGCUGCAGUACAGAGGGAUGCAGACAUCGGCGUGGCAGAGGCAGAGAGAGACGCUGGCAUCAGGGAAGCUGAGUGUAAGAGAGAAAUGAUGGAUGUUAAGUUCUUAGCUGACACAAAAAUGGCUGACUCCAAACGAGAGCUGGAAAUGCAGAAAGCGUCCUUUAAUCAGGAAGUGAACACAAAGAAAGCAGAGGCUCAGCUGGCGUACGAGCUGCAGGCGGCCAAAGAGCAGCAGAAGAUCUGCCUGGAGGAGAUCGAGAUCGAGGUGGUGCAGAGGAAGAAGCAGAUCACCAUUGAGGAGAAGGAGAUCGACCGCACCGAGAAGGAGCUGGUGGCCACCGUGAAGAGGCCCGCCGAGGCCGAGGCCUACAAGAUGCGGCAGCUGGCUGAGGGCCAGAAGAUAAAGACGGUGCUCACGGCGCAGGCGGCCGCCGACAAAAUCCGCCUCCUCGGCGAGGCCGAGGCCUCGUCCAUCAAAGCGGUGGGGAAGGCCGAGGCCGAGAAGAUGAGGCUGAAAGCGGAGGCCUACCAGCAGUACGGCGAGGCUGCCAAGACCGCGCUGGUCCUGGAGGCUCUGCCCUUGAUUGCCAGUAAGGUGGCUGCACCCCUGUCCAGGACCAAUGAGAUCGUCAUGCUGAGUGGAGACGGCAGCCGCGUGACUGGAGAGGUCAACCGUCUGUUAGCUGAACUCCCUGUGUCCGUCAACGCCCUCACCGGGGUGGAUCUGACCAAGAUCCCUCUGUUCCAGAAGAUGAUCAGCCCACAGUGCCAAGCAGCCGUCUGAUGCACCAGGCCAGAGACUCUGAUCCUUCAACAUUUAUCUGCCUCAAGCAUGAAGAGAGUUUUUUCAGCCUCCGGCCCCUUAUGCAACUGCCUUUGACCAGAAACACUUGACACCAAACAAGAGUUAUUUUUUUUUUUUAAUAUUUUUACAAGGUUUUUAAUUUUCUAAAGGAAAAAAGCUGGGGCCUUACUUCUAAAGGACCAGCCUUUAUGUAUUUUCGUUUGGAUUUAGUUUUAGACACAUUGAUCACGCUGCACUAGUCAGCCAGGAUUAUAUGCUGCCAUCCGGUCCAGGUCUAUAAAUCAGUCAGAGUUGGUCCACUUUGAAUGUGGUGGUGUUCAACAUUAUUUCAGGCAGAAAAACACCUCAGUCUUCAAUAGUUGGAGCUGGAAAGAGUCCAAAAAACGAAGGCCAAUUUUGAUUAGAUCUGCCUCAAAUUUGGGGUGCACCACUUCCCUGUCAGGUGUUCUGGCUUCUCUGAGUGUCCAUCCUCGGCCUCGUCAUCCUCAAACGGAGGCCAGUUAGUGAAGUAACUCGCAGUAGCCUGAGCCCGGUGUGAGAUGGGCAGCUUUCAUUUCCUCGUCGCUUUUAAAACUCCUUUUUCAUUUUAUUUUUUAUCGAUUAAUUAACUCAGAGAACAUUUGAUGGAUUACCAAACCUACGGCUGACCAGAUCUUAACCCACUGUGAUUGUAAAAUGUACACUAUAUUACAAUAUCAGUAAUAUUUGAAUCACUUGUAUGAUAAUUCUUACCUCGCGGUAUACUGUCAUGUUGCCUGUCUUCUCGUUCUGACGUGCAGUGCCUGUUUACCACUCAAGUGCCCAAACCUUAGGACGCUGGUUUUGGAUUUAGUUGGAUUCAUGUCAGAGUUUGUCACUGUGUUUAUAGAUGGAUGAUGUUUUAAUAUUGUUCCCUGUUCUCAUAACUUCUGCUUAUACUAACAACGGUGUUUACGCUUCACUUUUGUCCCGUGUUUUAGCACAUGGGCAGCUAUAAAAUGCUAAGCUAGCGCAUAACACAAAGCCAUACUUGGAGAAGAUUAGCCUUAAAAGAUACCCUAAAUAUUUCUUUUUUAGACGGUUUUAGUCAUUUUGUUACUCUUCUCUCUCUCGUUCCUCCUCCUGAGAUGAGCUGUUAUAGUCCUCCUCCUACGCAGGUGUGGUAACAUGUCUCUCCGAUAUCGUUUUGUAACGCUACCUUUUGCAGACUGUGUACACAUUGUUUUUUUUUUUGUUUUUUUUAAGAGUUGCUCCUCACCUCUGCGGGCUGAAAGUUGCCGCUGUGUUGUUUAUCUGACCCCAGCCAGUCUGUGAUGACAAAGCAAGUUCAGGGUUCCAGUCAGUCGGUCCGGACUUGGUUAAGUUGGAAGAUGAGGAUGUGAUCGCGUGGUGUUCGUGUGACGGCUCCUGAGUUUGGUCAGUUUAAUGUCGAACAGUUGGACCAAUGACGUUUCUGCUGCAGCCUGGAAAUCAAAGGGACGGAUACUCUCUUUAUUUCUUCUUUUUUCUUCUUUUUUGUUGCUCUGGUUGAUUUAGGUCAAUCUAAUUCAUACAUGUAGACUGUGACAAUCAUUUAACCGUUGGGAGCCAGGUGACUAACGUCCAUAGUGAUGGUUGAUGUUAAGACCCGGUGUUGAGACAGGUUUCCACCUCUAGAUGGCAGUACCAACACAUUCCAGCCCAUCAUCCAACCAGUCACAUUAUGAAUUAUCAUUAACCACUUUACAGAGUCUGUGAACUUUUUUUUUUUUUUUUUGUCACUGACUGUUACAAAGUUAUCAUAGUCGCACCAUUUUCUUUAUUUUCUGUGAAUGAACAUAAGGCUUGAGGUUUGUUUUGGUCUGAGCAAAUGUCAUCUUGUUGCAAUUUCUUCCCCAAAUGUGUUUCUAUUAUUCGACUAUUUUACCCACUGUAAAUGUUGGUGAAAAUGCUGCCUUGCUUGCCUCAGAUACAAUAAUGUUAUGACGCUAUUGUUUAAUGGCCAGUGUGUGAUUGGCAGCAUCUAAUAUCAGUCAUUAGCCAUUCACACCUGACAAACAUCACCUGAUGAUGUAUACACUGUCUCGUUAUCAAAAAGUCUUCAGUGUGGGAUUUUAAAUCUGCUGCACAACGAGAGGUGAUUGGGAGUUUUCUUUAUCGUAAUGCAAAAACACUGAAAUGCAAAUCUACCCACUUAAUGUAUUUUCUAAAUACAUUUAAGAUGGGAACUUGACCAGUUGCAGAAUGGUAUGACAAUUCAAAAAGUUCUGCAUUUGAGAUGAAACGACCGAGGCUGUCCAGACUGGGCGAAGGUUAAAACAAUCGAAAUAAAAUAGAUAACAACUUAGCAUUUUACUUUGUAUUUCUCUUUUUUAUUAUUUAGAAAAGUAGAUGUUUCUUUGCUCGCUGCCUUUGUCGUAUAAUGAGGUCAUUUAUACCUAAAUGUGCAAUUUGACUAUUAAUCAUACACAAGGAAGUAUGGGAUAUUCUGUCAUGAAUUUACUGUAAAACAGACUGAUUUGUAGAAUAUGUAAAAACACUACACAUAUGUAGUGUUCCGCUGUCAGUUUUCCUCUUUCUACCUUUCCUGUUUCUGUUUCUGUGCUUUACAUUAUUCUGUACUGCAAAUGUUCAAAGCAAUACACAGAUCAGUACAUGACAAAUAGAAAUGUAGCGUUGGGAAGCAUUCGACAGCUUUUCCUUUGGAAUCUAGACCUCGUGAACGUCUUUUUAAAUUCCUUAUUUUGGCCGUUCUAUUGUGUGCCAAGAUUAAUUUGAUGUGCAUUGUCUAAAAAUAGAUGUGUGGCAUUCUAGAGGAGAAUGUGACCAAACACGUCACACCUACGCCUUAACUCUCGUCUUCACCUGAAGCAUCUGUCGUCUCUCAUGGACAUAAUCUGGGAUCUCUAUUAAAAUGAUAUUGCGGAUUUAUUUUGUGGCUUCUCAUAUUCCACUGGCCUUUGGAUCACUGAUCCAGCAUGGCAUGUCAAGCAUCUGUUCAUGUUCUUCUGUGUUGUGUGCAGCCCUACAAUAAAUGUUAUACCACUUCC